AUAGUCCCCCGUCCAACACCUACCAACACUGAGUAAGAGCUGAAUUCAACAAGAAUAAUUUCACAUUCGCCAUAAUACGUAAACCGAGGCCGUUUAUUAACAUACCAGAAUUUUUAUUUUGGAUCCGGAUGUCUAACGUACUUUGCGAAACCGGAUAAAUUGUACCCGGAGUGAUUUUAAUGCGACGCAGCAGAUUAACGACUGCAGUCUAGUAGAGGUUCCUUCAGAUUGUUUACGUUUAGGAACGGGUGUCUCCUGCUUUCGAACAAACUGACAUCGUUACAGCAUUAGACGCCACCUCACCCUAAUGCUAAACAGAAUUAAAUCAAUUUAAAAUGUGUGUUUUAUAGUCGGUAUCAAAGCAGCCGACUAGCCCAGCUAGCUAGGUGUCGUUUUUCCACCUUCACGGGUAUUUCCUAGCUUCAGAGAUGCUAAGUUAGAGCUCUCUUUCUCUUCUUUUUUAUUUUAUUUAAUCCGGACUUUCCUCAUACUUGGAUGUUAUGGACUGCCAAAUGAAAGAGAGUGUAUAGCGAAAGGUGUGCCUGAAGGCCAGACAAAAUCUGCUUAUCUUCUUAACUUCACAGGGUACACAAUGUUUAGUGUCCCUCAAAGCUCCAAGUCAGAGUUUCUGGACAAGGCCAGGCAGGCCAGAGAGGAAAGAAAGGGAUACAAAGAGAAGGAAAAAGCAGCAACCCAGAUCCAAGCUCUGGUGAGAAGAUUCCUCUGUCGCUGCAGGCUGCAGAAAGAGAUCAGGAAAGAAGUUGAUGAUUAUUUCCAAGCUUCUGAAGCAGGAACAACAAAAAGAAAUGCUCUUUCAAUUUUUAAAAUUGCACGAAAAUUAUUAUUCAUAUACCGCCUUGAGGACAAGAUGAGAUUUGAGAAGCUAUGUCGAGCUAUUCUGGCCAGCAUGGAGGUGGAAAAUGAGCCUAAAGUCUGGUAUGUUUCCUUGGCUCUCUCCAAAGACCUCACUAUUCCCUGGCUGAAACAGAUCAAAGAUGUGUUGUGGAUUUGCUGCCAGCUAUUGAAAAAACUAAAGCCUGACAUACUCCAAGACAACAAGCUGAUUACGCUGUACCUCACCAUGCUAGUGACCUUCACAGACACGUCGACAUGGCGGAUAGUCCGGGGAAAGGGUGAAGCUCUGAGGCCUGCUUUGACAAGGAUUUGUGAGAACAUCAUGGGGCAUCUGAAUCAGAAGGGAUUCUACUCAAUACUGCAGAUCCUGUUGACCAACGGCUUGGCCCGGUCUAGACCAUCGCUCUCUAAAGGCACUCUGACUGCUAUUUUCUCUUUGUCUUUGAGGCCAGUCGUCGCUGCUCAUUUUUCAGACAACCUGCUCCGUUCCUUCCUCCUCCACAUCAUGUCCGUUCCAGCUGUUGUGUCCCACCUUAGUGUCUUGACUCCAGAGUGCAUGACGUUAAUCCAGACCCAUGACCUCCUACGGAAGUUCGUUUUGUUCCUAAGUCGGGAAGAACAGUGUCUGGACAUCUGCGUGUGUCUGGAAGGCAGCCACACGCUCUGCUUACUUGGAAACCUGAUCCACUUGGGUUACCUUAACGAGAAAGUCUUAGAAGAAGAGGCCAACCAUUUCGUCAAGGACCUGACCGACAUGUUGUCGUACUGCCAAAGAUACGUUUCGCAAAAGAAGUCCAACUUGACGCAUUGGCACCCUGUCCUGGGCUGGUUCUCUCAAACGGUGGACUAUGGUCUCAAUGAAUCAAUGCCUCUGGUCACUAAACAGCUUCAGCAUCUGUGGGGCGUAUCUGUCAUUCGAACUCUCUUCAGCGACGUCCUCUCCAAGAAGCUGGAGAGUCAGGAGUCCACCCCGCCGCCGCCGCAGCCGAGCACAUCUCAAAACAAUCUACCCGUUAAAAAUCUUUUUAAGAGAGCAUUUCAGAAGUCUGCUUCUGUGAGGAACAUCCUGAAACCCGUUGGAGGAAAGCGAGUGGACUCGGCUGAAGUCCAGAAAGUAUGCAGCAUCUGUGUGCUCUACCAGACUACUCUGUCCACGCUGACCCAAAUACGCCUGCAGAUACUCACCGGUCUCACACAUCUCGAUGACCUUUUACCCAAACUCUGGGCUUUCAUCUGUGAGCUGGGUCCUCAGGGGGGGCUCAAACUGUUCAUGGAGUGUCUCAACAAUGAUACAGAGGAGUCCAAACAGCUCCUCGCUAUGCUAAUGCUGUUCUGUGACUGCUCCCGUCAUCUUAUCACAAUUUUGGAUGACAUUGAAGUCUAUGAGGAGCAAACAUCCUUCAAGAUAGAGGAACUCGUUACCAUCUCCUUUUUUCUGAACACAUUUGUGUACAAAAUGAUUUGGGAUGGUAUUUUAGAAAAUGCAAAGGGAGAAAAACUGGAGCUUUUUCAUAGCGUUCAUGGUUGGCUGAUGGUGCUGUAUGAACGGGACUGCAGGCGCAGGUUUACCCCUGAUGACCACUGGCUUCGCAAGGAUCUGAAGCCGAGCUUAUUGUUUCAAGAGCUGGAAAAAGGGAAAAAAAGAGCCCAGCUUCUCCUGCAGUACAUCCCACAUGUUAUACCGCAUAAAAAUAGAGUGCUGCUGUUCAGAAACAUCGUCACAAAGGAAAAAGAAAGUUUAGGGUUGGUAGAAACCAGCUCAGCUUCUCCACAUGUCACCCAUAUCACUAUUCGCCGCUCACGGAUGCUGGAGGACGGAUAUGACCAGCUCCGCCGGUUACCGGUGAAUUCCAUAAAGGGAGUUAUUCGUGUGAAGUUUGUCAAUGACCUUGGAGUGGACGAGGCUGGAAUCGAUCAGGAUGGAGUCUUCAAAGAGUUUCUAGAGGAGAUCAUUAAAAAAGUUUUUAAUCCUGCACUCAAUCUCUUCAAGACUACAAGUGGAAAUGAAAGGUUGUACCCGUCACCCACAUCCUACAUCCACGAGAACCACUUGCAGCUCUUUGAGUUUGUUGGGAAAAUGCUUGGUAAAGCUGUUUAUGAGGGCAUUGUUGUGGAUGUUCCCUUUGCAUCGUUCUUCCUCAGUCAAGUCCUGGGCCACCACCAUAGUACCUUCUACAGCUCCAUAGAUGAGCUUCCCUCUCUGGAUUCUGAGUUUUACAAAAACCUUACUUCCAUUAAGCGCUACGAUGGUGAUGUCGGAGAUCUAGGACUGACUUUGUCCUAUGAUGAGGAUGUUAUGGGGCAGCUUGUCUGUCACGAGUUGAUACCUGGAGGAAAAACUAUGCCAGUCACCAAUGAGAACAAGAUCAGCUACAUCCACCUGAUGGCUCACUUCCGGAUGCACACACAGAUUAAGGAGCAAACGGCCGCUUUUAUCCGGGGCUUCCGCAGCAUCAUUAACCCAGAAUGGCUGCACAUGUUUUCCACGCCUGAGGUGCAGCGGCUCAUCUCAGGGGAUAACGCUGAGAUUGAUCUCGAUGACCUCAAAAAGCACACAGUCUACUAUGGAGGUUUCCACAGCAGCCACCGUGUCAUCAUCUGGCUGUGGGACAUCCUGUCCAGUGACUUUAAUGCUGAAGAGAGGGCCAUGUUCCUUAAAUUUGUUACCAGCUGCUCAAGGCCACCUCUUCUAGGGUUUGCUUACCUCAAACCACCCUUCUCCAUCCGCUGCGUGGAAGUUUCAGACGAUCAGGACACAGGGGAUACCCUCGGCAGUGUCCUUAGGGGCUUCUUCACGAUCCGGAAGAAGGAGCCCGGUGGUCGACUUCCUACUUCGUCUACGUGUUUCAAUCUUCUCAAGCUGCCCAACUACAGCAAAAAGAGCAUCCUGCGUGACAAACUGCGCUACGCCAUCAGUAUGAAUACAGGCUUCGAGCUCUCCUAACUCUGCUUUGGGACAAUCUGCUCAGAGUGGAUGUGUUAAAAAAAAAAAAGGUGAGCAGGAGGCGCAUUAAAAAGCCAUCGGUUAAAGGAAGAAGAUGGAGGAUGAAAGACAUAAUCUCUUUUUGGCCUCAGUGCCACCUGGAUGAGCUCUGACGGAGUUAAACCUGCUCUGUGUCUCAAAGUGGAAGCUGGUCCUGCUAGGCAGUAACGUUUUUUUUUUUUUUUUUUUUUUAACGAAUGGGCAUUUCAUAUAUUU